CACCACCUAGCUGCCCCCGGAAUGUGAGUUCUUAAAGGCAAAGACUAUUUUGGAGGAUGAUUUUGGAUCCUUGUACUUUACUGAGCACUUGAUCAAUCCCUGCCAAAUUUAACAGCCAGUCUUAACUAGUAUAGACACAGCCUGUCCUGAUGGCCACACUCAAAAUCUUUGCUACAACCAACCAGAAGUCAUUUUCCACUGACAUUUACCUUCAAGACUGCAGAAUUACAACCAUGCCAUGAUGAGGCAUCAGGGUAGUCUACCAGGUCAUUCAGUCAACAAAUCUGAUGGUUACCAUAUUUGUUCCUGUAUUGAUAUGGAAGAAAAGGAAUAUCAGUUCUCCUGGUUUCCAGUACAGAAUGACACUGCAUACUUCACAUGCUUUUCAAGAAAACUAAAGACCUUUGCACACAGUCUGUGAUGACUGCCAUUGAUAUUGGAUACCGCCAUAUUGAUGGUGCCUUGGCUUAUGGUAAUGAACAUGAAGUGGGAAAGGCAAUUCACAAGAAAAUGGCUGAAGGAAAAGUGAAACGAGAAGACAUCUUCUAUUGUGGCAAAUUGUGGCCUACUUUCUUUAUGCCAGAGAUGGUACGACCAGCUCUGGAGGAAACACUCAACAAUCUUCAGCUAGAUUAUAUUGAUCUUUACAUUAUAGAGACGCCAAUGGCUUUAAAGCCUGGAAAUAACUUAUUUCCUAAGGAUGAAAAUGGUCACUGGAUAUACCAUGACAUAAACCUGUGUAAAACCUGGGAGGCUCUGGAAGCAUGCAAAGACAGUGGCUUAGUGAAGUCUAUUGGAGUGUCUAAUUUCAACCGCAGACAACUGGAACUCAUCCUGAAUAAACCAGGACUUAAGUAUAAGCCAGUCUCCAACCAGGUCGAGUGCCAUCCAUACUUCAUCCAGACAAAGCUCUUGAAAUUUUGUCAAAGCCAUGAUAUUGUCAUUGUGGCAUAUAGCCCUUUAGGGACCGCUAGAACCCCGGAAUGGGUGAAUCUAGAACUUCCUCCCAUGCUGAAAGACCCUUUGCUAAUCUCCUUGGGUAAAAAAUAUAAUAAGUCACCAGCACAAAUCUCUCUACGUUUCAAUGUCCAACGAGGGAUAGUUGUCAUUCCCAAAAGUUUUGAUGCUGGAAGGAUAAAAGAAAACUUCCAGAUAUUUGACUUCAUGCUCACUGAUGAAGAUAUGCAGAAGCUUGAAGCCUUGAAUAAAAAUAUUCGCUUUGUGCUAAUGAAAAUGUGGACUGAUCAUCCUGAAUAUCCUUUUCAUGAUGAAUACUGACAUCUGAAAAUGCCUAUACUGGUUUUUACUGCCAUAUGUGCCAGAAACUCAAGCCAGAGGAUUCCUUCCAGUCUAAAUCAAAAAGAACAAUAGAACUAUACUUCUCUUUCACAUACUCUGAUUUUUUUUAUACUAUUAAAGGAGGACUAAUGUUGAAUCUGUCAAAAUCAUAAGGCAAUAAAUGAAUACACUACUCUAACCAUGUCCCCUGGUGGAUUUGAUUUGACUUUCCCUGAUGGACACCCCUGUAAAGCUAUGUAAAGGCAGAGAGACAUGACUUCUGAUUGACUUAGAUAUGAGAGAGAAAGAGAAAAUGGGGAAGAAGAGAGAAGAGGAGAAAGCAAGGCACAGACUUUGAAUGGAGAAUGGGAGAGCUUCUAAAGUGGCUGGAGCUUUUGUUGUUUCUUCUUUCCUGUAUUUUUGUUUCCUUUUGUUCUGAUUCUUCUUUCACAACAUGAUUAAUGUGGAAAUAUGUUUAACAUGAUUGUAAUGUAUAACCUAUAUCAGAUUGAUUGCU